AUGGACACAGCAACGAUGCUCUCCGCUAUCAAAGGCGACAAAUUGAAAGAUUCGUCACAAUGGCGAGUAUGGUAUAAGCGAGUGAAGGCAUUCGCAGUACAACGUUCGGUAUGGGACCUCUGCAAUCCAGAAGUAGAGAUAUCCCACCGACCACGGGCUCUCAUUGAGCCAAUUGAACCUGAAUACCCUCAGCAAGGUUCUCAGGAAAAUAAGAAAGAUUGGAGAGACCUACUUGAGGUCUAUAAGAUCAAGGCAAACCGCUGGGAAAAGCAGCGAAAAGGCCUAAAUGAGGUGAAUGAACUCAUUAUCAUUUACCUCGACACGUCAAUUCGUGAUGCAGUACUAGAGUACGAUACUCCGUACGAUCGUCUAGUAUAUCUUAGUCAAAGAUUUGCUAGAUCUCAUGCGUAUAAGGAAGAGAUUCGUAUGAAAUGGAGAGCUUUCUCGAUCCAAAAACCGAUUGGAGAUAUCGAGAAAUGGCUGAUAUCUUGGGAUGAAUUACGAGAGCAAGCAAUGACCCUCGAACUUCCUGAGGUCCAAAGUGCGAAUCAAGAUUUCCUACAGGCUAUCAAAGAGGUUUUACCUAUCUGGUGGCAGGCAAAAUAUGAAGAUAUCGUGAUGAAUAGGACGAUAAUAGAUACGCGAAAGCUAAUCGAAAGCUUCCGUUCUAUACAUCGUGAAAUUAGUACGACAAUGCCUACCUCACCGACAUUGAAAGGGUCCUUCUCUACCUGGCAAGGUCAUCAAGAAGCUAAACAAGAAGACGUGCCAUUUGACAAGAGACCAUGCCCAUGCGGCAUGAAGAACCACGGACCUGCUAAAUGCUAUUUCCUCAAUGAGGCAGUAAGACCUCGAAGCUUUACUAUCCCUAGCGGGAAAUUAGAGAGCAUUGAGAGGACACUGGCGGCCGAUCCAGCAUGGAAAAAAUGGACAGAGAAUAUCAUCCAGAAAGCGCAAACCUCAACAAGUAUAAAGGUUCAUCAAAACCUCUCAUUCUCAAGCAUCGGUAUCCCGGCAUUAACUACAUCACUCCGACACCGAUGGAUCCUUGAUACUGGAUCCGGCGUACACGUGUGUAAUGACCGAAGCAGCUUCGUGGACCUAGAAGCUUGCCAAGAGGUUCUAUCAACCGGAGAUAGUAGCACCGACAUCAUCGGACGCGGUACUGUGAGACUUACUGGCAUUGACCCGAAGACCAAAAAGAAGCAGACGAUUACCCUAAGCAAUGCCUGCUACGCACCUGGGUUCCAUGUAAACCUAGUGUCGUACGCUAGACUGCGAGAAAAAGGAGGGUUCUGGUCUGAAAAGAAGGGUUUUAUCGAGGAUAGCAAUGGCUUCCCAAUCGUGAGCUUACGUUUAUGGAAAAACGUUGGAUUAUGGGUCUUUGACCAAGAAGGCUCUAAUCAAGAAUCUUAUCUGAUGGCAAAUGCCGUUAGAUCAUCAUCAACACAGCGAAUUAAAGGUGCAUCGGCAGAGCUAUGGCACCGUCGCCUAGGUCAUCCACAAUAUAAGACAGUCCAACAAAUGACUAAACUAGUCGAUGGAGUCAAUAUCGAUGGCAAUGAUAAAGCGCAAGCAAUCUGUGAAACCUGCAACCUAGGACGUUCUAAUCGGCAAAUAUCAAGAAGACCGAUUGGACUUGCUUACAAUAAGCACCGCUGGAUUACGCAUUUUUACCUCGAUGGUAUCAGAUUUCAUUGGCUGAUGACGCAUGAAUAUAAACCCGAGUGUCAGAUUGCUAUCAAUCAGUUCGUGCAAUUGGCGAAGAAUUGGUGGAACCUACCAAUUAGGGCUUUUUCCUAUGACAAUGAAGCCGCUGCAGGACGCCUAGCAGAGCAGAGCUUAACGUCGGAUGGCAUUGUCAUUUACCAUAGCCCACCAGGACAUCCAGAGAUGAAUGGAUAUGCCGAAAGAUCAGGGGGUGUCAUCAUCCAACGAAUGAGGAUGCUAAUGCUCGAAGGCAAGCUCCCAAAAGAGCUAUGGCCAGAAGCAGCAAUGGCCGCAAUAUGGCUAUUGAAUCGGACGCCGACGUAUCUCGCCACAGAAAAUCGCUGGAUCAUCCCAUGGGCCGAAGUCGUGAAACAGUUUACAGCCACAGGUGAUAUUCCGCCAAGAAUCAACCUCUCAAAUGUCAGGUUAUACGGAAGCCUUGCGUACUGUCGAAUUGACAAGCAAGUGCAAUCAGAUAAGAUGAAUCCCCGCGCUGAAAUUGGAUUCAUGGUUGGCUAUAUAGCUUCAAAUAUCUGGAGGAUCUGGUUCCCGCAGUAUGGGAAAGUGAAACUGGUCAGGGACGCGAUAUUCGAUGAAACGCGAAGAUACUCGCCAGAUUUUCAACAGCUUCAGCCGGUUCCAUUGCCAUUGGUCAAAGAACCUCAAGAACUAGAUCAAGAUCAGGCUGCAGCAGCUAUCCAGGCAUCGAUAAUAACUGGAUCAGUGCCAGAUCUAGAACCGAGAGAUAACGCCAAUGAUGACAACGUCCAUGACAGCAUCCAACAAGGAGACCGUUUUUCGGCCGAAAAACCGACGCCUAUUCUUCAGGGGGUGUAUACAACACCAGACCGUCAAACAUCGGAUCGACAAAUUGACGUUAUAUCGGACGUUCCAGGCGCAUUCCCGCGAGAACCUCCGCUGCCGCCUACUCCAGCAUCCCUUGCAACUGAUCAGGGGGUGGAGACAGCACCGGCAAUGAUAAUACCGGAGUCAGAGAAUGAUCAGCUCCAGGGCUCAGCGGAUUCCGACGAAGAAGCUGAACUGCAGCUACAGGCAGGACUACUAGCACCUAGGAAUAUUAGUGGAAAUAUCGAAGAAGGGAACAUUAUCUCAGGACCACGAAGAAGGCAGGCAAAGAGGGACGAUGCCUACGCCUACAGCGCUAUUGCUAUAACUGAGCCACCAGCAUAUCUUCAUGCUUUCGCGGCCGGUUUAUACGCAAAUAGGCCAAUUAAGCGUCACAGAGAUGACCUUCCAGAACUCCCAAAACACUGGAAAGAUGUCAUAAAUCAUCCAUUCCAAGAGGGUUUCCUAGCCGCAAUGAGAAAGGAGAUUAACUCUCUCACGGAGAAAGCGACAUUUGAUACUGUGGACCGUCCGAAGGACCGAGGAAAGCAAAUCUUGCCACUGCUCUGGGUCUUUGCCUAUAAAUUUGAUCAAGAUGGAUAUCUGAUUAAGCUAAAAGCAAGGAUCUGUGUUAGAGGAGACCUCGAAACUAUAUCAUCGGACGAAAAGAGAGCUGCUACGCUAGCAGCUAGAACGGCCCGCAUGAUCUUCGCACUCGUGGCUGCAUUUGACCUCAAUCUACGACAGCGAGAUGCGGUCACAGCUUUCCUAAAUAGUAAGCUAGAGAAGGAUGUCUAUACACGAUCACCGGAGGGGUUUGAAACUCCAGGAAAAUGCUGGAAGCUCCGAAAGGCCCUUUAUGGAUUGAGAAUCUCACCACGCCUAUGGCAGUAUGAAGCAUCGCGAGUGCUUAGCCAACUAGGUCUACAGCAAGUCCCAGAGGACCCCUGUGUUUUUAUAGGAGAUGGACUCAUUGUCUUCUUCUACGUGGAUGAUAUCCUAAUUGCAAGUCAUCCGACAGCAAGGGAGAGAGCCCAAAAGCUUGAAAAAGAUCUUGAAAAGCAUUGGGAAUUGACCGAUCAUGGAGAAGCUGACUGGUUCCUAAACAUCCGCAUUAUCAGGGACCGGCAAUCCAAGAAGCUAUGGCUAUGCCAAGAUAGCUAUAUCACUAGCAUUGCAGUGAGGUAUAACCUUACUGACCGGCCAAGUGUAUCCACGCCACUACCCAUCGAGGAAUUAGAACCGUACGAUGGAAGGGCAUCUUCCCAGGACAUUCUUCUAUAUCAGAAGAAGGUCGGAUCAAUGGGAUACGCCACCACGAUUACCCGACCAGAUGCAUCAAAAGCAACAGCUAAACUAGCUCAAUUUUUGACAAACCCUGGUCCUCAGCAUCAUCAGGCUGCCGACCGAGUGAUUAGCUAUCUCUACUCUACCCGCUUUCUUGCUAUUGAGUAUAGCAGCACCUUAGAGAUAGACUCAGUACAGCUAGCCAGCGAUGCAUCGUACGCCGACCACAAAGACCGAAGAAGCUCCGCAGGAUAUAUCUGCCAGGUCUACGGAGGACCCGUGGAUUGGAAAGCUACUAAGCAACGGACGGUGACAACAUCAACCACCGAAGCCGAAUUGCUAGGACUUUCAGAAGCUGGGAAACAUCUCCAGUGGUGGAGAAGGUUACUCAGUCACGUAGGAUUUGAUGCCUCUCAUGUCAUCACAAUUGAAUGCGAUAAUGAGAGAGCAAUUGGUCUUCUCACCAAUCAGGACGCCAGUUUUGACACCAAGCUUCGCCAUAUAGAUAUUCAUCAUCUAUGGCUUAGACAGGAAGUACUAGCUGGACGUAUCGCCCUACGCUGGACGCCGACGGCAAAAAUGGUCGCCGAUGGCUUGACCAAGAUGCUAUCCAGACAGCAGCAUGAGAACUUCAUCAAACUGCUCCGAAUGGUCCAGAUUGAGCAUUUGAUUGAAGGAGGAAAUUGA